AAAAUAGACAAAUCUUGCAAAUUAAACAAAAUGGCCGCGACUGGUCGGGAGGGAGACGGGUUCGGACACCCUCGAGGACUGCGUGAGGUCAUUCCCAACCAAACCAGGUUUCGGAAACACAAGGAGUUUGUGGUUCCAACAGGUGGAAGGCUCUCCACUCUGCAGGAAAUAAAGCUGCCGGAUACAGCUGGAGGAUAUGUUUACUCCAACCCAGAGGGUUCUCCGUCCCUGGCAAACCGAACCUUGUACUGGAGAACUAUAGGAGAUAUUCUGGAACUAUGUGAAAUCUCUCUAAACUUCAAUCUCUCGGGAAAUAAGGUUCGUUACAGGUUCCAGGAUUCUCCGCUCCUGGAUGGAGUUUCAGUUCAUGAAAGCUGGGGGCAGGUCGUCAUCCUCGUCCCUACAGUUACCUCCGUCCAUAGGCUCUCAUUCCCUCAUCCUACGAGGCUGGAGAAGAGUGAUUUGGCGAGGACGGAGGAUGGAGGACUCAUGUCUAUCCUCUCGGAGGCCAGUGUUGCUACUGCUAGGGAGUAUCAGCAUCUUCUAUCCUGGGCCUCUGCCUCACCUCUGCCUAAUAUUGCAGCAACAUACUUCACACAUGAUGAGGAAUCAGUAUUUGUGCUGGGGAACAACCAGGGCGAGCUGACUUGCGUUAAAAUGGGACAGGUACGCGGCAUGACGAGUGUAAAACAGCUGUCCAGCGCUAGAAACUACCUGGGAAUGGUUUGGACCAGUUUAACCCGGUCCGCGGAUAUAAGGGACCAACCUCAAUCCUUCAUUAUCACACCCCUGAUUAAGGAUAAGAGUGAAGAAGUGCUGGUGUGCGUUUUCCUGUGUUUCCAACAGCACAGUCAAUUCCUUCUUCUUGGUCUCCUUCAGAGGGCUGGGCAGUUAGAUAUCAAUCCCAGGGGAACCCUGUACUGUCCUGAACAUGAUCUUGUCGGAUUUUCUCCAACCUCCCAGGGUAUAGCAGCUGUAUGGACUACAAGUGAAGGAGAGACGAUAGUGAGAAGAAGUACAGUUGGAGUAUCUUCAGGCUGGGAGAACGUGGUUCUAGCUGAAUCUGAACCUGGAGUAGAGGAACUAGAACUAGAGAACGAAGAUGAGGAUCCUAGACAGCUCUACCUUGGUGCUCUCUUCUCUCCAGGAGUAUUCAGGGCUGCAACUUUGGCCCGAACUGUUGGUAUAUUCCGGAGGAACCUAGAGAACUCAAAUAUUGACGAAGGAACUACUUGGGAACAGUUAAAACAGGAGGUUGUAUCGGCUGUAGAAGCUGAUAUACAGAACUCUCUAACAGACUAUGAGACGAGGAUUAUCUGUCAGUAUCUCGUAGUAGCUGGAGCAGGUUCUACUCAAGUGCAGCACAAUAUAGAGCUGUAG